AUGUUUGAUUUGAAUUGUGUUAUCAGCGUUGAUGAUUCUUCGUGGCUCGCCAUUCUCCUUCCCACCUCAGCAUGGAUUGACAAGGAGCUUCGAGGUGACCUUGGAUCAAGUUUGAAGGUCACCCAAACACACUCCCCUCUUAUUGUGUCUCCACUCUUUCUUCUGCAUAGCAUAUAUGCCGUCGUGAUUCCAAUUCUUAUUUACUACAUUGCUGAUUGCCAUACACCGUUAAUUCUCACUCUUUGUGAAAUCAGUCGAUCAAAAUUAUCAACUAAAUUCGAUCGACUGAGGUCAAGGUUGGAAUGCCGAGAAAACCUUAUCUCCUUCUACUUAAUCCUAGUGUCUAUUUGCGCCAGUGGGUUUAUCCAUGAUGGUGCUGCUUUCAUGUUACUUUCGGUCGGGCAAAUUUUGAAGAGUGCUACAACUUCUCUUCAACAAGUCAUUCAAUUUCCCAUCGCACUAGCCCUACGGCUACGAUUCGCUCUUCUGUUCAUACUUUGCAGUUUUCUUUCUAUUGAACAGUGGAUCACACAUUUCUUCCGAGUGAAAACGUAUUUCGCUGGGUUUGGAACCAAGUCCAUGGUGUUUUAUCAACCUAGUAUCCUACAGUUAAUACUUUUGCUCCACCUUUUGAUAGUUACUUUUCUAUUUACUUCGAAAACCUCUCUCAAUCGAAGACGUCUUCCUUCCUUCGUCACUGUGGUUUUAAUGGCUGUUUCCUUCUUGGGCUGUGUGACUUGUUUGGGUGGAUAUUUGAACACGGCAGAGAGUCUACAGGCAUGUCUCGCUGUUGUUAUGCCAGCGGUAUUCUCUUUAUACUUCCUUUGGAUGGUAUCUGAAACUUUGUAA